CAAAUAUAUUAAAAAAACGUAUAAUAACGAAAUGGCAGGUCGAGGUAGAGGGUUUCGAAAUGAUCAAAUGCUCAAACGACCGGGACAAAGUACUGAAACUUUCUCACCGAAACCAUUAAAAAAUGACGAAUCCAAUGAGAUUUUGAAAUUAAUUGAUCAAUUACAAAUUAGUGAAUAUCCAACGGACAUCGAAGUUCAUGAAAUGGAAAAAAUUCUACUCGACGCUGCGAAGAGUAACAAAUUGAAGGAAGUGUUCGAUGAACUUUACGAACGUGCUAUGGACGAUCGAGAAUUUGGAAUUAAGUUCGCUAUCGUUUUUAGUGACAAAACAAUUUAUUCCUUAGAGACCAGUGACGGUGGUAAAUUGCAAAUUGCUUUAAUGAGAGCACUACAAAAUACAUAUAUGAAUCAUGAGGAAAUAAAAAAGAAGAGUUUAUUUCAAUUUCGAAAUGCAACAUCACUACUGGGAGAGGUUUACAAUCGACUUAGAAUCGCAUCACUACCAUUGAGAAUUCUCGAAGAGCCAUUGCUUCAUUAUAUGAGAAUUUUACUCGAUAUUUGUGAGGAAAUUGAUAUUGAACUCGUCACAACGCAGAUUUCAAUAAACGGCCGAAAGAUUUACGAGGAAAAUCAAAAGCAAUUAGAGAGUUUCGUAGAAUCGGUGAAGAUUGUGAUUAUUAAUCGUAAUUUAAGUCCACGAUCACGUGGAAUGCUUUUAUUUUUAAUUGAUCUCGCUAAUCAAAGAUAUAAUCCUCUCUCGGGUGAGUUACAAAAUUUCUACGUCGGACAACUUGGAAUAUCAACAUUCAAAAGUAUUCAACGAUACACAGAUCUUCUCACUGUGAAUACAAAAAUAAAAAAUCAAAUCGAAGACGGUGAUCAAGACACUGUUCCAGUGAAAAAUGAAACAAAAUCGACUGAUUCUAUUGGAAUUUUAAUGAAAGCGCCGUCAAAGACGGAUAAUAUCGUUAAACAAGAUUUAAGACGUGUUAUUAAUAACGAACGACCAGUGAAUAGUGGAAAUGUACCGCGAGCAAUUCGUGGAUCGGGUGCAACGGAUCCGAGAAAUAUGAAAAAAUCGCCGCGUGGAAAAAAGGAUAAAUUAACCGACGAACAAGUUUGGUCAUCAAAACAAAAUAGCUCAAGUAAAGUCUGGGGUCAUGAUGAUCGUUUCGAGAAAGAUUACGAUUAAAAUCCCAGCAUUCAAUCACACACUUACAUAUAAAAAUUUAAAAUAUCCGUGAGAUUAUUAUUUUUUUAUUGUAGCUCAACUACAAUGCAUUUGUUUUUUUUUACAUACAAUUAAGAUAUAGAGCCAUCCAAUUAGAAAAUUAUUUAAUAUUAUAGAAAAAUUAUGUAGAUAGAUUUUUUUCAAUUUUCCAUUUUUAUGAUAAUUAUAUAGAUUUAUUUUUGUCAUUUGAUUAAUUAACAAAUUUAUUUAUUAUCGAAAGAUUUCUUUUUCAAGUAUCGAUCUAUUAAUUAUUAUAAUUAUGCUUAGGAAAUGUAAGCACAAAGUUUUUUAAGUAUUUAGAAAUAUUCUCACAAAUUUUACAAUAAUUCGUAAACUGUUUUUUUACGAUAAUAAUAAUAUGUAAAUUUAGCUAUACACUACUGUUUAUAUGAACUGUAAUCGUAAUUUUGUAUUCUUUUUAAAUACUAGAA